UAAUAAUAAUAAUUUAGAAGACAUCAAACAAAUGGUGUAACCCGUACGCCGGGAAACAUUGAAAAGGGCGUCAUUAGCUGAAGCGGUUUAGUGUAGAGUAGCUCUGAGACCACCUCCUAACUCCAACGGAUGAGGUAAACUUUCAUUCAUUACAGCCCAGUUCUCUCUUGUUCACCGUCCUACGCUUUGGCGCCAACCACAGAAGAAGGUUCAUUGUUCCUUGGCUACCAUCUCUGAUCAUCAGCUUCAAGCUCUGCUCUCAUUGAGGUAACUUGCUAAAUAUGACAGAGAAGGAGGACACUUGCUCUCCCACUGGUGUUUUAGAGGACUAUUUCAGAAGCUCAGACUCUGAAACAUACUCUUGCAAAGAACCCAAUAAUGAGUCUGAAUCUCACAAAAAUUCGAAGCUAAGUUCUCGAUGGCAUGGUUUGAUACAAUUAAUGAGAACAAGAUCCAAGAAGCCUUUAAACACAAUGCACCCUCUUAACAUUUUGAACCUCUCGAGGAGAAUGAGUGGCAGUAUGAGGGAAAUUAUAGCGUCGAAAUUUGGGUCAGAAUCUGAUUACGGUUUGAAGUCUCCAUGGAAAAACUUUUCUUUGUAUGAGCUUCAGGUUGCAACCAACUACUUCAGACAAGAAAACUUGAUUGGAAAGGGUGGUUAUGCUGAAGUGUACAAGGGGUGUUUGAGAAAUGGACAAUUAGUCGCAAUUAAGAAGCUAACAAGGGGGAAACCAGAGGACGCUACUGCAGACUUUUUAUCAGAGAUAGGGAUUAUGGCCCAUGUAAAUCAUCCUAAUACUGCUAAGCUAAUUGGCUAUGGAGUUGAAGGGGGCAUGCACUUGGUUCUUGAAUUGUCGCCACAUGGGAGCUUGGCUUCUAUGCUUUAUGGCUCAAAGGAGAAGCUAAAAUGGGGCAUUAGGUAUAAAAUUGCGUUGGGAACGGCUAGGGGUUUGGUAUAUCUUCACCAGAGCUGUCAAAGGAGAAUUAUUCACAGGGAUAUCAAGGCUACAAACAUUUUGCUCAGCGAGGACUUUGAGGCUCAGAUUUGUGAUUUUGGUCUUGCAAAGUGGCUGCCUGAGCAAUGGACUCAUCACACCGUGUCAAAAUUUGAAGGCACCUUCGGCUAUCUUGCUCCGGAGUACUUACUCCAUGGCAUAGUAGAUGAGAAAACCGAUGUAUUUGCCUAUGGGGUGCUACUAUUGGAAUUAGUCACUGGACGGCGAGCGCUAGAUUAUUCCAACCAAAGCCUUGUUCUUUGGGCAAAACCUUUGCUGAAGAAAAGUGAGUCAAGAGAGCUGAUUGAUCCUUCUUUGGCUGAUGACUACAACUCCAGACAGGUGAAUCUCGUGCUCUUGGCUGCUACUUUAUGCAUACAGCCGUCGUCAAUUCGGCGGCCCACUACGAGUGAGGUUCUAGAGCUUUUGCACGGUGACUUUAGUUGCUUGACGAACAUGAAGAAAACUCGAAUUUCAUUUUUCCAAAAGGCAUCUCGCGAAGAACUCACCAAUACAGAAGGCCAAAAAACACAACCAGUAAUAGGUUGACCUUUGAUUGACCAAUUCUUGAGACCAGUAUGAUCAGUCCUCCCCAUAAAAUAUUUUAUAUAUAUAUAUAUUGAUGGUGGUGUACAUAAUGUUAAAAGCAAGAACAAGAGAAUGAAAAAGCAACUUCAGUUUGUAUACAUAGAAAGCUAAAAGAAAGUUAUAGAAAGUUUUAGAACCAAGUACAGGGAUAUAAUUACAGUCUCAACCCAGGCUUUAGGCUCCUCUGCCAGAAAUUCAUGCGGGAACCAAAUUUUGUUUGGAAAAUUUCAUAUUUUGAAAAUUUUAAUAUGCUUAGCAUUUUUUUGUUAUUAUAACUUUUAUCAAGCAUAUAAAUUGAAAUUUCCCUUUUGUUUUAACCAAACUACAGUGGUAAUAUAUCUUGUGUAAUUUUGCAUUUCUUUCCUUUUUUUUCUUUGUUAUGUUGAAAAUAUAAAAUGUUAUCAGG